GAGCAUUUUCCCGAGCUGGCAAUGGCAAAUACCAAUAAAGUUGGAGAACCUAGGUUUUAGCCCAUUUCUACGUCAGUGGAUCUCCAACUUCCUGAAUGACAGUCCACAAGCAGUAAGGUUGGGCAGACAUGGACCAAGAUCAUGAAGAUCAUGAAAGACCUCAGCCAUCCUAAUAAUGGACUCUUCUCUUUGUUGCGGUCAGGGAAACGCUUCGCUCCCUGAUGGCCAAAAGUGAGAGAAUGAGGAGCUUCUUUCCCCAGGCCAUCCGUGUCCUGAACCAAGGACAACACCAGGACUAUAGUUCACUAUUCAACACCACACACUUGAAGCAAUAUUACACUCUGCAUUAUCAUAUUAUUAUAUUAUAAUUAUUAUAUAUCUACAACAUCACCUCUAUAACAUCAGCCUGUUGCAGGUCAACAUUACUGCACAAUUGCACUUUACCUUGCACAAUGUACAUAUUGCCAGUCAAACUAUUAAUGCUACCACCUCUACAUCUGUCAUUAUGCACUACUUCAUAUUCAUAGGCCUAUACAUAUUUUGUACAUACAUUAUAUUUCUUAUUUCUCCUAUUUAUUGUGUAUUUUAUUGUGUUGUAAAUUGUGUAAUAAUGUCUAUUACUAAACUGUGGGGAGAAAAGUCGUACCAAGAAUUUCACUUUUAAAUCAAUGAAAAAGUUAAUUAUCAUGCAAAUUUUCUCCUUUUUCAGUUGAUGAGUUGUUAGUGGAAACUAUCGCUAGAUGGUGCUGUUUUUCGUGGUUUUUAUUCAGUGGUUUUGUGGUGAGGAUUUGCAGCAGAUUCAUCCAUGAUGGCGGAGGACAGCGAGUCCGCAGCCAGCCAGCAGAGCCUGGAGCUGGACGACCAGGACACCUGCGGCAUCGACGGAGACAACGAGGAGGAAAAUGAACACAUGCAGGGGAAUACUGGGGGAGAUCUUGGUGCGAAGAAGAAAAAGAAGAAACAGAAGCGAAAGAAGGAGAAACCAAGCUCAGGAGGAACCAAGUCUGAUUCUGCCUCUGACUCUCAGGAGAUAAAGAACCCUGCCAUUCCCAUGCAGAAGCUGCAGGACAUUCAGAGGGCUAUGGAGCUCCUGUCUACCUGUCAAGGUCCAGCCAAAAACAUAGAUGAGGCCACAAAGCACAAGUACCAGUUCUGGGACACUCAACCCGUACCCAAGCUGGAUGAGGUGGUGACAACUCACGGGCCAAUUGAGCCAGAAAAAGAAAAUAUCAGACAAGAGCCAUAUUCCCUCCCACAGGGCUUUAUGUGGGAUACACUGGACCUCAGCAAUGCAGAAGUUCUGAAAGAGUUAUACACUUUGCUGAAUGAAAACUAUGUUGAGGAUGAUGACAACAUGUUUAGAUUUGACUAUUCUCCCAACUUUCUGAAAUGGGCAUUACGUCCCCCGGGUUGGCUGCCCCAGUGGCACAGUGGUGUGAGGGUUUCAUCCAAUAAGAAGCUGGUUGGGUUCAUCAGUGCCAUUCCUGCAGACAUGCACAUCUAUGACACGUUUAAGAAGAUGGUGGAGAUAAACUUCUUGUGUGUGCAUAAAAAAUUGCGCUCAAAGCGUGUUGCUCCUGUACUAAUCCGCGAGAUCACAAGGCGGGUCAAUUUAGAGGGAAUUUUCCAGGCUGUGUACACUGCUGGUGUGGUCCUGCCCAAACCUGUGUCCACAUGCAGAUACUGGCAUCGGUCCCUAAACCCCAGGAAGCUUGUGGAGGUGAAGUUUUCCCACCUUAGCAGAAACAUGACGCUACAACGAACAAUGAAACUCUACAGAUUACCUGAUAUUACACGUACCCCUGGUUUGAGGCCGAUGGGAGAGGGGGAUAUAAAGCAGGUUACAGCACUGCUGCAGAAACACCUGAGCCAGUUUCAUCUCCAUCCUGUCAUGGGGGAAGAGGAGGUCAAGCAUUGGUUCCUACCACAAGAGAACAUCAUCGACACUUUUGUAGUGGAGGGUUCUGGUGGGGUACUAACGGACUUUAUCAGUUUUUACACCCUGCCGUCCACAGUGAUGCAUCAUCCGCUGCACAAAAGCCUGAAGGCCGCUUAUUCCUUUUACAAUGUCCAUACAGAGACACAGCUCAUAGACCUGAUGAACGAUGCUCUCAUCCUAGCAAAACUGAAAGGUUUUGAUGUUUUUAAUGCACUGGAUCUAAUGGACAAUAAGACUUUCUUGGAAAAGCUCAAGUUUGGGAUUGGAGAUGGUAACCUGCAGUAUUACCUGUACAACUGGAAAUGUCCUCCCAUGGACCCAGAGAAGGUUGGCCUUGUUUUACAGUAACCGGCUGCUUCAUGUUGGAUGCAGACUGAUUCAAAGGUCCAUCUCAAAUUCUCUGACAUGGACAUAGUCUACAUAAAGAGGACAGACUGACAUCCAUUCAAAGUGAAUGAGUUAUGUUGUGCAGCUCUUUAAGGUCUUGUUCCAGUUAUCGAGGGGUCUCUCUCCUUUCUCUUUGUUUUUGACUCGCUUUCUGAGAAUGUGAGAAACAUCUCCAAAGUCAAACACAUCCACAAGCUGUAUUCCCAUGUAGUGUUCAUUUAUUUUUCUUUAACAUGCAAACUGGACCCUCUCUCAGACAUGUUAAAUCUUGUGUUUUUGUUUUGUAUUAUGAAGGUGCGUUGAUACAUUUGUGUGAAUUAGCAAGCUGUACAUUUAAUGGCAGAUAUUUAUUAUGCGUUGUGUGGUUUACAAGGGGCCACAAAGGGGGUUGAAAUCCAAAGUCUUUUCUAUGGAGCUGCCUUUGAAGUCAUAUUAUCGUUUGAAGUUCCUGCUGUCAUUGGGAAGGGGAGUAACUGGUUAUGUGUGGAAGAAUGUAUUGAAUUUUGAAGCACAACGUCAACAUGUUUAUAAAAGGGCUGGAAUGCUCUGAAGUGCAGUUUUAAGAAAAAAUUUGAAUUUAAUUUUGAAUGUGAAUUCAUUUAAAUUAUUUUGAUUCAGGCAUGAUUGGUACACCUUAAGUACCGUAGUGUUUUCCUGCCCAUUUCCAUUCUUUACCAUUUAGUGUUUUUAAAUUAUGAUUUUAGGUAAACAAUUCUGAUAUUUAGAAUUGUAUUGAAGUUACAUGUAUAUAUUUUUUUUCUUUAUUCUGUCAGUAUUUUUUGCAGUAAAAUCAUAAGCUUGUUCGAAUGGUGCAUUUGCUAUCAAGCCCUGAUAAUUUUGCUAUACAUAAGCACAAGGAGAAUUAAACAAUCACAAUAAAGCAUUUUCUCCCACUGCUUUUGGUGAUGUGACCAAGUUUGGCUGUCACAAUCAUUGUUAGGUGGGACCUAAUGAAAUGUGAGCAAUUUUAUUAAAUAGCAGAAACCGAUUUGGUGUUACUACAGCUUAUCUUGUCAUGGUUUGCUUUAAUGUAUCUAAAUCUACAAUAUGCUUUUAAGUGCACAUCCAAAAAGAGACUCCCAAAGUCACAUAUUUCAAUCAGCGAUUUUACUCAACAUUCUGGGCACCUUGAAAAUGUCAGUUUGCAUAUGUUUUUCUAAGGCUUGCUGUAUGAAAUUGGCAUGAAUCCCCUACCCUCUUAUUUAAGAGAGGUGUUUUUUUUUUUUUUUUUUUAUACAUAUAUCAAAUGUGUAAUUUUAAUUGAUCCGCUUACUCUUUCUGAAAACAGUAUUUUUAUUAAAUUUCAUUGCAGGUUGUUUCAAGAAUUGAUUAUGGGAACAAGUACCAGCACCAUGCCAAACAUGACAGUCACCCAAAUAUCUAAUUGUCAACAAUAUACAUCAAGGUAUACCAGCAUGGAUAUUUGACUGAAUAAAAGCAUCCAAAAUAAUAAAGCAAUUAAUUUGUGACUAUUU